AUGGGAAGUAAAAAUCCUUUGGAAAUAAUAGAGUGGUCAAACCAUGAAAUCAUUCCCAAAGAAGACGAAGUUUUCUCCUUUCAACACCAAUUGCCUCCUCUUGAUUUUAGGUAUCCAGAAUCAGGAUGCAGUAAUUAUGAUCUUGAUCCUACUUAUUUGAUGGAUAUCAUUUCAAAGAAUCCAAUCUGUUCUUCCAUGGAAAUCCUACCAGAUCCUACGCUCUAUGAAAAUGGUUUCUUGGUUGGAAGAGAUGAUGUUUUAGGGUUUCCAGAUCAAGAAAUGUCCACGAUGAACUCGUUAAGUUUUCCAAAUCAAGAAAUACCGUUGAUGAACUCAUUAGGUUUUCCAAAUCAAGAAAUGCACAUAACGAACACAUUAGGGUUUUCUCAUCAAACUCAAACUCAACCAGCGAUCAUGGCGGCCAUGAACAUUGACGAUAAAGAGGAGACAAAGAUGGUAAUUUCUGGGUAUGAGAAACCGCAGAAAAAGCUUGAUCACAAAGGUGAUAAUGGCAAUGGUGGUUGUGAUUUUAAUUAUCCGUCCAGAAUGGCGUUAAGCAGGGAGACGAUUUCACAGUUCUUUUACAUGCCGAUAACACAAGCUGCAAAAGAACUUAAUGUCGGAUUAACGCUUUUGAAGAAACGGUGUAGGGAAUUGGGCAUUCGUCGUUGGCCUCAUCGCAAACUUAUGAGCCUUCAAACUCUAAUCAAUAAUGUUCAGGAAUUGGAGAAAUCAUCAGGGAAUGCAGUCGAAGAGAAGCUACAAGAAGCUAUCAUGCGACUGGAGAACGAAAGAAAGAAAAUGGAAGAAAUCCCGGAUUUACAACUUGAAGACAACACGAAAAGAUUAAGACAAGCUUGCUUUAAAGCGAAUUACAAGAAGAGGAAGACAAUUGGGAAUAAUUCUUCGACAUCAAGUACUACUUACAGGCAGUCGCCAUCUUCGUGUUCUAGCACUUGUGUUGAUUAUGGCGGUCAUGAAGCCAUAGAAGGUGGUUAUGGUGGUGAUUUUGCAGAACAAGAAGAGAUGAAGUCGCUAUUAUUUACUGGCUGUUUUCCUUCUUCUAGCAACGCCUUGUUAUAA